GCGCGGAGGUGGUGGAUGUUGGGUCGCCUGUCAGCAGUCGGUCCUUGAGGAUUCCAAGAGGAGGGUGUCUCCUCCUUGCCUGGACUGGAUUCUCUCGUUCUCAUCCUCUAUUCUCCCGCGCUUGUGGAGAUCGGCUGCGUAUCUGUGUAACCCAGUUGCUUGUGGACUCUCCCUAACUCUCUUUUAUAAGUUGCGUCGACGUUCUGACACCUGGCCGGACCUCAGCGAGGCGCUCAGUGCGUAUUCUCUCCUCUCCUUUCCAGCUGCGAUGGCUGCAAGUUGCUCAGGCGCCUUUGCAAUGGCAGCCGCCACGACGACCCGUGAGGUUGGAUUGACAGCAUUGGCUGUCAGCGAAUCGCGUAUCCGGCGAGGCGAUCGUCGAGUGGCCGCCCCGACGUCCCCGGACGUCCUCAUGAAAGACAAUCUUGCCACGUGGCGCAUUUCUGGCAAUCCGAUCUCACCCAGGAAUGCAACAACCAUACUCCAGCGACCGUCGAUCUCAUCUACCCUUCCUUCCAUCUCGUCCGUGGAGUCUGCGUUCAACGGAAGCGCCUGCGUGGUCUUCUCUCGUCGCUCGUGCACCUCUGCCCGUCGCCCGUCGAGGAACAACCCCCUGUCUCCUGGCUCAGGCGGGUUGACUGCCGGCGGCGUGACACGUGCCAUCGCGACCGAAUCUCGCGUCCCGGCGACCAAUCAAGGGUCGGGACGCGUCAAGACCAGAGUCGGAAUCAACGGCUUCGGUCGUAUUGGAAGACUCGUGCUCCGAACGAUCCUCCAGUCGGAAUCCGACGGUGGGGACUCUUGCGAGUCUGACGUUGAGGUCGUGGAAGUCAACGAUCCGUUCAUCAGCGCUGACUACAUGGCGUACAUGUUGAAGUACGACUCAACCCACGGGCCGCUGGAGGGAGACGUCCGAGCUGUUGACGACAACACUCUGGUCGUCAACGGUCACCUCAUCGGCGUGCAUAACUGCCGCGACCCCGCCGAGAUUCCGUGGGGGAGGCGGUACGGCGGCGGUCUGGACUUCGUCGUCGAGGCCACGGGAGUCUUCACGACCGUGGCGAAAGCCUCUGCGCAUCUGCGCGCAGGGGCGCGGCGGGUGGUUAUCACUGCGCCGUCGGCGGACGCGCCGAUGUUUGUUGUUGGCGUCAACGAAGGGACCUACUCUCCGGACAUGCGCGUCGUUUCGAACGCCAGCUGCACGACCAACUGCCUUGCGCCCAUAGCCAAAGUGCUCAACGACGAGUUCGGGAUCGAGGAGGGGUUGAUGACGACAGUGCACGCAGCCACUGCGACGCAGAAGACGGUCGAUGGACCCUCGUCCAAAGACUGGAGGGGCGGGCGAGGGGCGGGGCAGAACGUGAUUCCUAGUUCCACAGGCGCGGCCAAGGCCGUUGGUAAAGUGCUUCCGGAACUUAAUGGGAAGCUCACGGGGAUGGCAUUUCGUGUGCCCACGCCAGACGUAUCGGUAGUCGAUCUGACGGUGAGGUUGAAGUCUCCCGCUCCCUACGACUCGAUCAAGAGAGCGAUGAGAGCUGCGGCCGAGAGUGGACCUCUCAAGGGAAUCCUCGGCUACACCGAGGAUGCAGUUGUGUCCACAGAUUUCGUAGGUGAUAGCAGAUCGAGUAUUUUCGACGCCACUGCCGGCGUACCUCUGAACGAUACGUUCGUUAAGGUCGUCGCUUGGUAUGAUAAUGAGUGGGGAUACAGUUGCCGCGUCGUAGAUCUUAUCAAGUACAUUGCGGAGGUCUCCGCCCAGGCAGGUACAGGCGCGGAGGCGUUGGCCUGAUUUCGUGAAAGCAGAUCGCCGAGGUCGCUGCCCAGCCAUGUUCAGGUGCGGCGGAGUCGUUGGUCUGAUUUGACUUGGUAAAUCAUGUAAGUCCGUGCGGCUGCAUAGCUACAUAUAGUGAUCGCUGAUCAGGUGGAUAUCGCUGGUUCGUGGCUACGGUUUUGGGGAGAGGCAGAGAAGAAACCACAGCCGGAGAUUGUCCUUGGUGUCUACCAUAGGGAGGGUUGCUGACGUUUUGCGUGUGGUACCCCCGCGAUGAGUUCUGUUGUUGAGUGCACCUUACCUUUUUUAUGCGCGACCAUCUCUAUGUAGUUUCCUGCAUAAGCACGCUCGCACGUACGCUAGGACGCGACUAAUUCUCUAGGCAUUAUCUUUAUGAGCCUUUGUGAC